ACUAACGGCGUAGAUUUGUUGCAUGGUUUAUUCGAACUACUGUCAUUUUUGACAUGAUAAUAAAAGUAUUGAAAAAUUUUCCUUUUAAUAACUAUAAAUGAGCAAAAUGCUUUCCUCUAUGGUGAAAGAACAUCAAGCUAAGCAAGCCACCAAAAAAGACAUUCAAGAAUCUAAGCGCAAGGAGGCUUGUGCUGCUGCCAGUGAUCUCACUCAAGCUUUAGUGGACCACUUAAAUGUCGGAGUGGCCCAAGCAUACUUGAACCAGAAGAAAUUGGAUGCUGAGGCUAAGCAGCUGCAUGCCAGUGCUACAAAUUUUUCAAAACAGACUCAACAGUGGCUGAAUUUGGUAGAAUCGUUCAGUAGUGCGUUGAAAGAAAUUGGGGAUGUAGAAAAUUGGGCUAAGUCAAUAGAGGGUGAUGUUAGAACGAUAUCAACAGCUUUGGAAAUAGUCUACAAGAAUUCACAAGAGGCUGCCCAAAACCAGUAGUUUUAUCUUAUAAGUGAUUUUUGUCACUAUAAUUUUAUUAAUUGUUUAAGUAGAUAAUAAAUGAUAUUGAUAGGUUA